UGUCCAGGUCCUUCCGGUCUGAAGUACGUCCCCACCCCCGGACUCCUGGAACCGCUUCCAUGGAGCGACAGGUGCUGAAAAGAGAGCUGGACGAGGCCACGGCGCAGUACCGAGCGCUGAGCCGCCACCCCGUGCUGGUCACUGCCUGCCUGGGCCCUGAGGUCACCACCCAGUACGGCGGCAAGUACCGCACGGUGCACACAGAAUGGAAUCAACGAGACCUGGACCGGAUGGAAAGCAUCCGGUUCUGCCGCCAGUAUCUUGUGUUCCACGAUGGUGGCUCUGUGGUGUUUUCUGGACCUGCGGGCAACAGCAUUGAAACCAAGGGGGAGCUGCUGAGCAGAGAUUCCCCCUCAGGGGCAUUGAAGGCUGUGCUUCGAAAGACUGGGAGUUCCAAGAUUGGGGAAGAAAAACAGUUCCUAGAGGUUUGGGAAAAGAAUCGGAAGCUAAAGAGUAUCAACCUAACAGCACUGGAGAAGCAUGGAAUCGUGUAUGAGGAUGAUUGUUUUGGGUGCCUGGCCUGGUCACACUCAGAGACCCACCUUCUCUACGUGGCUGAGAAGAAACGCCCAAAGACAGAAUCUUUCUUCCAGACCAAAGCCUUAGAGGUGGAUGAUGAAGAGACAGCCAAGCCAAAGAAACAGGACCAAGCAAUCAAGGGGGAUCAGUAUAUAUUUCAUGAAGACUGGGGAGAAAAUUUGGUUUCCAAAAGCAUCCCUGCCCUCUGUGUUCUGGAUAUUGAAAGUGGGAACAUCUCAGUGCUAGAGGGAGUCCCAGAGAAUGUCUCCCCUGGACAGGCAUUCUGGUCUCCUGGUGACACUGGUGUGGUGUUUGUGGGCUGGUGGCAUGAGCCUUUCCGACUAGGAAUGCGUUUUUGUACCAACCGCAGGUCAGCUCUGUUCUACGUAGACCUCACUGGUGGCAAAUGUGAGCUCCUCUCAGAUGACUCCAUGGCCGUGUGCUCCCCACGACUGAGUCCAGAUCAAUGUCGUAUUGUCUAUUUGCGGUAUACAAACCUCAGCCCCCAUCAACAGUGCAGCCAGUUGUGCCUGUAUGACUGGUACACGAAGGUCACCUCGGUCGUGGUGGACGUCGUGCCCCGACAGUUGAAAGGUAACUUUUCCGGGAUCUUUUGUAACCUGUUGCCUUUGGGAUGUUGGUCAGCAGACAGUGAAAGAGUUGUCUUUGACUCUGGCCAGCGGAGCCGACAGGACCUGUUUGCAGUAAAUACCCAAACAGGCAGUGUGAUCUCCCUGACAGCAGGGUUGCCUUUGGGAAGCUGGAAGCUGCUCACAAUUGACCAAAACCUCAUGGUAGUUCAGUUUUCCACUCCCAAUCAACCACCAAGCUUGAAAGUGGGAUUCCUGCCUCCUUCAGGGAAGGAACAAGAGAUCCACUGGGUAACCCUGGAAGAGGCAGAGGUCAUCCCAGAAAUCAGCUGGGCCAUUCGUGUCCUGAAACCUCCUCCUGAGCAAGAGAACCCAAAGUACCCUGGCCUUGACUUUGAAGUGAUUCUCCUUCAGCCCUGUAGCUCAGCAGAGAAGUCAAAGUUCCCACUUGUGGUCAUGCCUCAUGGGGGACCCCAUUCAUCUUUUGUAGCAAGCUGGAUGCUCUUCCCUGCUGUUCUCUGUAAGAUGGGCUUUGCUGUCAUGCUGGUGAACUAUCGAGGGUCCACAGGCUUCGGGCAGGACAGCAUCUAUUCCCUUCCUGGGAAUGUGGGAGACCAAGAUGUGAAGGAUGUUCAGUUUGCAGUGGAACAGAUACUGCAGGAGGAAGUGUUUGACGGGGGGCGAGUGGCACUCAUGGGUGGGUCCCACGGGGGCUUCCUGUCCUGCCACCUCAUUGCUCAGUACCCAAAUACCUACAGUGCCUGCGUGGUUAGGAAUCCUGUCAUCAACAUGGCGUCCAUGUUCUGCUCUACUGACAUUCCUGACUGGUGCAUGGUCGAAGCGGGCUUCCUCUAUUCUUCUGACUGCCUCCCUGACCCCACCGCCUGGGCAGAGAUGCUGAACAAGUCGCCAAUCAAGUACGCGCCGUGGGUCAAGACGCCUCUCCUCCUCAUGCUGGGCCAAGAAGACAAGCGGGUCCCUUACAAACAGGGCAUGGAGUACUACCGGGCUCUUAUGGCCAGGAAGGUCCCUGUGCGGUUCCUGCUGUAUCCCAAGAGCAACCACUCUCUGUCGGAGGUGGAGGUGGAGUCCGACAGCUUCAUGAACUCCGUGCUCUGGCUGCACUCUCACCUGGGGUGCUGAGCCGCAGGGCAGGGCCGGCCAUGUGCCCCCUUGUCCCUCACUGCCCCGAGCCCGACGGCCUCGCCAGGCUGGCGCAGUGCUGACAUUUCUGUUUGCCAAGCUGUCUUAACAAGGAUUCAUCACAAACUAAAGAGGAGGAUCCUUCGGGGCUGGCACUCCUUCCCAGGCCACGGGGAGAGAAGAGAAGUUCCCUCUUCCCUGUCUGGCCUGUCUAAAGGAGAGCCGAGGAAGAGGAGCCGUCUGUACCCUGGAGACCAGUGAGGGUGGGAAGGGGACAGUUGUGGGCAUCUUCAUGUCCCAAUUGGUAACCUGAAAAGUUGGUCUUUGGGGUUGAAUUUGGGCAUUUUCUGCAAGCCCCUUUCCUGUAAGGCUGGGCUCAUAGUCUUGGACUUAGGUCAGGUUAAGGGGUGAUUUUUAAGGAAAGAAAAGAGCAUUUGGCCCGUUCCCACCACUGCUUAAUGAAGGGGUUGAACUAAAUCUCCAAGAGGCCUUCCAGCCCUGAUUCCUGUGUCCCAGGACCGACUUGAGCUGGCCCUUAAGACUAGGUACUAGGCCCGUUGUGGACCACAGAUCCUGACAGUGCCCAGCAGAGACAAAUGCCAAUAAACAUCACUGCUGAGAA